AUGUCAACCAAAAGGAAAGAUCCGGGAGGGGGCGGAGCCGACGGUAAUGGUAGCAAGCGUAAGGUGCGCUUUCGAGGAGGCAAGGACGACAACGAAGAUGAACAAGGAAAUGGUUCCAGGGGAGGGCCGAACCGCCGCGUAACCGGUGGUUCCUCCAGCCGUGCACGCGGUAGGGACGAGGAGGAGGAGGAGGAGGAGGAGGAGGAGGAGGAGGAGGAGGAGGAGGAGGAAGAGGAAGAAGAGGAAGAGGAGGAGGAAGGGGGUGGUAGGAGGAAGAAGAGCCGGAGGAAGAAGAAGAAAAGGAAAGGGCGGGGCGGGUUUGAAGACGACGAGGACGAGGAGGAAGAGGAGGACGUGGACCGGAUGGUGGAGAAGGUCCACGGGGAGGAAGAGGAGGAUGAGCACUACGAGCGGACCAACGAGGCCGGGGACCCGAUCGAGCCGUUCAAUCUCCGCAACGAGCGGGACAUGGGCUACUUCGACACGAACGGAAACUUCGUCUGGAAGCAAGAAGAUGGUGAGCGGGAUGCCUGGUUGGCAGAGAUGGACGAGGAGGCGAUGGAAGAAGCCAUCGGAGCAGCCAGCACGAGGGCGCCCAAGCCGAGCGAGGGGGCAGCAGGGGCGACGGGUGCCGCUGGUGGUGCAGUCGCCCCCCUGGGAGGGGGCGCCGCGGAAUCACUCUCCGUCAUGGGCACGGCAGAGAUGCGGGAGGCUCUGAUCCCGCUGCUGCUGGAAGACGAGACGGUAGUGCAGGCGUUGAGGCGACUAGGGGCCAAGAAACAAUCGCCAUCCGCUGCAGCAUCCGCAGCCUCUGCAGCUAGGGCUCGUCGUGCGAGUGACAAAAAGAAAGCGGCGGCGGCGGCAGCAGCAGCAGCAGCAGCAGCAGGGGAGGAGGAGUCGGGGGACCCUUCAGCCGCGGGAUCUGAGCCAACGGCGGGAUCAAAGGCAGGCGAUGGUGACAACGACAACAGCAGCACCACUAAGAACGGCGGCGCGGAGGCGGCCGGGGGCGGACAGGGCAGUCCUGCUGGGGCAAGGUCGACGGCGGUAGAGAAGAAGCGGCGGGAGGACUUUGCGCGGCUGACGGAGCUCGCCGACGCGCUGCUCCAGGCGGGGCAGCACGAUGUGUACCAGCAGACCAAGGAAGACCUGGAGGAAGCGGCUGAGGUGGCGGCGGCUAAGGCGGCGAGGGCAGCGGCAACCUCAGGGGCUGGAGAAGAGAGCGCGUACUUCGAAUACCGCGGGAAGGACGGAAACGUGCAUGGGCCCUAUGGGGCGUCUCAGAUGCGGGGGUGGGCGCAGCAGGGCUACUUCGAUGGGGAGCAGGCGGUCAUGAUGCGACGAGUCCAGCCCAAGAAUGGAGAGGCUACUACUAGCACCAACGGCGGCACGUCCAAGCAGGCAGAGGGGACACCUGCAAAAGAUCCCCCGUCUUCGAAUGCCGAUCUCAUGGCGGAUCUGCAUGAUGAUGACGACGAGGAAGUGGAGGAGGAGGACAAGAAGGAAGGGAAAGGAGAAACCGCCGCCAGCGGAGAAGGAGAAGGAGACGCCUCUAGAGGACCCGGGAAAACCAGUAGUCAGGAGGAAUGGGUCUUGUCCGACAACAUAGACUGGACUUCGUUCUGA